UAUAAUUGAGAUUUUUUUAGAAACAGAGAGUAGUGUAGGGUUUUAACUUUUCAGAGUUUUAUGGACACGUCUCCGCUUCCAAGCACUCAAAAUCUCCACUUCUCCCAUACCCAUCAUUAAAUCCCCUUUCCUUGGGAUCUUCGAUCACUGCUUUCGUCAAUUGAUUCGAUUGGUUAUUGUUUUUAAAAAAUGGCACUGAAGAGUCCAGCUGGUGGUAGAACAAGGAGUUGGGUUCAGAUGUUUAUUGUUUUUGGAUUAUGUUGUUUUUUCUACAUCUUAGGAGCGUGGCAAAGGAGCGGUUUCGGUAAAGGGGAUAGCAUAGCUUUAGAGAUAACUAAACAGGGUGCCGAUUGCAAUAUAAUCCCUUCGUUGAACUUCGAAACCCAUCACGCCGGCGAUGUUGGGAACUCCGAUGAAUACGAAAAGCCCAAAUCUUUUAAGCCGUGUCCUCCUCGUUACGUCGAUUACACGCCUUGCCAAGAUCAGAAGCGUGCCAUGACUUUCCCUAGGGGCAACAUGGUAUAUCGCGAGAGGCAUUGUCCCAGGGAGGAAGAGAAAUUGCAUUGUCUUGUUCCGGCACCGAAAGGAUACGUGACUCCGUUUCCCUGGCCUAAGAGUCGAGAUUAUGUGCCUUAUGCUAAUGCCCCCUAUAAGGCCUUGACGGUCGAGAAGGCUAUUCAGAAUUGGAUCCAAUACGAGGGUAAUGUGUUUAGGUUCCCCGGUGGAGGAACACAGUUUCCGCAAGGGGCGGAUAAGUAUAUCGAUCAGCUUGCUGAUGUGAUUCCCAUUACUAAUGGAACAGUUAGGACUGCACUUGAUACUGGUUGUGGGGUUGCGAGUUGGGGUGCGUACCUAUGGAGUAGGAAUGUCCUUACCAUGUCGUUUGCACCUAGAGAUUCACAUCAAGCACAGGUUCAAUUUGCCCUUGAAAGAGGUGUACCUGCUGUUAUUGGUGUUCUUGGGACCAUAAAGAUGCCAUAUCCAUAUAGAGCUUUUGAUAUGGCUCACUGUUCUCGUUGCUUGAUUCCAUGGGGAGCAAAUGAUGGGAAGUAUUUGAGGGAGGUUGAUCGUGUUCUUAGACCAGGUGGUUACUGGAUACUUUCAGGUCCUCCAAUCAAUUGGAGGAACAAUUAUGAAGCAUGGCGGCGUCCCAAGGAGGAACUUGAAGAGGAACAACAAAAGAUUGAGGAUGCUGCCAAACUCCUUUGCUGGGAGAAGAAGUAUGAGAAGGGUGAAAUUGCCAUUUGGCGAAAGAGUGUCAAUGAUAAUUCUUGUCACAAUAGACAUGAUGAUUCUCAAGUUAAUUUCUGCCAAGCUGGAGAGGCUAAUGAUGUCUGGUACAAGAAAAUGGAUGAGUGCAUUACUCCCUAUCCAGAUGAAGUUGCUGGAGGGGAACUGAAGCCAUUCCCAGAGAGGUUAUAUGCUGCCCCUCCUAGGAUUGCUAGUGGAAGUGUACCCGGAGUUUCUGUUGAGACUUAUCAAGAGGACAAUAUUAUUUGGAAGAAACAUGUCAGUGCCUAUAAGAAGAUCAUUAGACUUAUCGACUCUGGGAGGUAUCGUAAUAUUAUGGAUAUGAAUGCUGGGUUGGGAGGAUUUGCUGCAGCUCUCGACUCUCCCAAAUUGUGGGUUAUGAAUGUGAUGCCUACUAUAGCAGAGAAAGAUACCCUGGGUGUGAUAUACGAGCGAGGAUUAAUUGGCAUCUAUCAUGACUGGUGUGAGGCUUUCUCCACAUACCCAAGGACUUAUGAUCUCAUACAUGCAAAUUUUCUAUUCAGUUUGUACAAGGACAAGUGUAAUAUAGAGGACAUUCUAUUGGAGAUGGACCGAAUUCUUCGUCCAGAAGGUGCCGCUAUAUUCCGUGAUGAAGUCGACGUUCUAAUCAAAGUGAAGAAGAUAACAGCAAGAAUGAGGUGGGACACUAAGAUGGUCGACCAUGAAGAUGGCCCUUUGGUCCCUGAGAAGGUAUUGGUUGUAGUAAAGCAAUACUGGACCGUGGGGGGAAACACGACAUCCCCACAUUGAGCAGAAGAGGAUGGUAAAACUUAAAUCGUGGAAUGAACAGAAUUUGGCAAUGCGCUCAUACAAGGUGGUGGCAUGAAUUUAUGAUUUCCGGCCUGAAAAUUUUCGUCACCAGGAUGGUUUCAGUGUAGGAGGCAAUGAACUAUGGAUCAGCCUGUGUUCAUUUGUAUUAAUUUAUUUACCGACCGGUAUAAUAGCUAUAGAACUCCAAAGUUCUAUGAUUAUUGAAUUUAAUCCUAUUUUUUAUUAUAAUCUUUGCAUUUUGAAAUCAUUUCGAAGGAAA